AUGGAUCUCCCCAUGCCUCCCAACAAUGUGACUGAAUUCGUUCUCUUAGGACUCACACAGAAUCCACACUUGAGUAAAAUACUCUACAUGGUCUUUUUGUUCAUAUACCUGGCUACCCUACUGUCAAAUCUGUUCAUUGUCAUUAUCAUUUCCCUCAGCCCCACACUUUCAACUCUGUACUUCUUUCUCGCUCACUUGUCCUUCAUAGAUGCCUCCUUAUCCUCUGUCACUACCCCCAAAGUUACCAUUGACCUGCUCUAUCAAAGGACAACCAUCUCCUGGGGUGGCUGCCUGACUCAGCUGUUUUUAGAACACUUCCUGGGAGGAUCAGAAAUCAUCGUUCUCAUUGCCAUGUCUUGCGACCGCUAUGUGGCUAUCUGCAAGCCUCUGCGCUACACAACCAUCAUGCGACAUGGGUUCUGCCAGCUCCUGGUGGGGAUGGCCUGGGUUGGAGGGAUACUCCAUGCCAUUGUGCAGAUUCACUUAGUCCUUGACUUUCCCUUCUGUGGUCCCAAAGUCAUUGACCAUGUCAUGUGUGAUUUCUUCUCACUGUUGGAACUUGCCUGCACUGACACCUACUGGCGUGGAAUAGCGGUAUCAGCUAACAGUGGGGGCAUGUGCUUGGUCUUUUUUUUCAUGCUAAUCAUCUCCUACAUGGUCAUUCUGAACUCUCUGAAAUCCCAUGGCUCCGAAGGAAGACACAAAGCCCUCUCUACCUGUGGCUCCCACUUUACAGUAAUGGUACUCUUUUUCAUCCCUUGUAUAUUCAGCUAUGUACGUCCCGUGGCUACAUAUCCUGUGGACAAGUUGGUGAGUUUGUUCUAUGGAAGCUUCACUCCCAUGUUAAAUCCUAUCAUUUAUACAGUGAGAAACACAGAGGUGAAAAAUGCCAUGAAGAUUCUGUUGAAGAGGAGAGUAACUUGGGUUGUGCAUGAUGCCUAG